CAAUUUUUACUAUUAAAUUGGUUCUAUUAGCCAAAUUAUAUGUCGUCUGUAUUAAUUUAACACUUAUUACUGUUUUUAUCCAUUAUUUAUAUAUGUAUAAUAUAUAUUAUGAUGUAUAGUUGUUUAAAUAUAUGUGUGUAUAUAUACGUGGUUUGUUCAUAUCUGUAUCAUCAAUAUAAUAGCAAAUAGAGAAUUAAUCACGGAAGAUGUGUAGAAAAAAUAGCAUAUAAGUGACUGCUUCUGACUUCGACAAUGGAUGAAAAAAUGUAUCUGUACUUUGUGACACCUCUAACAUUUCUUUUAUUUAUGUUUGUCUGUUUCCGGAAAUUAUGCUUUACUACAGAUGAUCCUUUUAUAUCAAAUCCUUAUUUAAAUCAAAUUGAAUUGGAUAAUGGCAGGCAUUUAACCAAUAUUAACAGUGAUCAACAACGUUGUUCAGUGCAGCCAUUAAGUGUUUUAAAUGAUUUGGAGUAUGAAGAUAUCUAUAAUAUGUUGCUUACUCAACCUCAUCUGCAGCCAUAUAAUGCCGAACAAACUUCUAGAAUUAACAUUUUCACUCCACAAGCCAGAAUUGUACCAUUAUGUUCUAGUUUGAAUUAUGUGGAGCUUAAUGCGUCUAAUGUAACUUCAUUUUCAAGAUCUUCGUAUGAUGAUCCACCGCCUUCAUAUGACGAGUGCAUGGCGAGUUCACUUUAAACACCUCGCUAUAUCCAUUUAUAUAAUUAUAUCGAUGAUAUAAUGAGAAGAGAUCAAGAUUUUUCAUACAAUAUCAUGUGAAUCCGACAUUGUAUGCAUUGAGAUUUUCUAAUUCGUUAUUUGGACCUUGAUACAUAUCAUAUCAUAAUACUAAAUAAGUGUACUACAUACCUAGUACUGAAGAAUGUAUGAUGUAUAUAUAUGUUCCUGUGUCAAAUGUAUACAUAAUAUUUAUUUA